UUCUUUCUUGCUUUCUUUUGUUCCCUCAUUCAUUCAUCGUCUAAAUCACAUUCACUGCUCGAAAAUGUGGAUGGACAAUGGAGAGCAGACUAUAUAUUAUUGUUUGCAUGGUCAUCCCUUGGUGUUGGUUGAAGCGCAAGGCGAUGAGAAUGAGAAAGCUCUUUGCUCGGUGUGCCGGGAAGUGAUCAUAUCAGCCUCAACCUUUAGUUGUGUACACUGCAACUUUCACCUCCAUCCGGAAUGUGCCCAAAUACCCAGUUCCAUUACGCCACACCCUUUGCAUCCCCAACACUAUGGUCUUUUUCUUUACCCACUACCAGAGUGGCUGUAUGGAGGGAGAGCUUGUGCGAUGUGCAAGGAAACAUGUAAGUUUCGUUUUUAUUCUUGUUACGAUUGUGUUGACAAGUUUUAUCUCUGCACCAAAUGUUCUGUGUCUUCUUGGAAUUUGAUUGGUAGAGAAAACAAGUCAAAGUAUGAGUUCAAAGGUGAUGGCCACCAGCUUCCCUUCAUCUUCCUCCAAAACCAUAAAGAUGAACUCAAAACAGCCUGUUGCUCAUGGUGUCUAGAAUCCUUAAUGGGUCCCAUUUAUGUUUCUGUUGGUUGUAAGAUUAAACUUCAUUCAAAAUGUUUUCAUAACUUACCCACAGAAACUGCUCACCCUUGCCACCGUUUGCACACUCUCUUCCUUCACUUUAGGGAAAACAAUUUCUUUUGUGAAGUCUGCCAAAAGAAUGAUAGUGAUAAUCUUUUGUAUCGUUGUUUGGCUUGCAAGUUUGAUAUUCACCUUGAAUGCAUUCGAUCCAGACCUAUUAUUGAAGCUAACAGGAAUCAUGAACACCAAUUCUCCCUGCUUUUUAGAAAUGAUCCCUUCGUUUGUGAUGCAUGUGGCACCAUUGGUAGGUUUGUUUCCUAUGUAUGUCAUACAUGCCACCUUCAAGUCCAUAAAAGUUGCACUUCGUUGCCGCGGAAGAUCAAAGCCGCUCGACAUGAUGAUGUUCUUGUCCACAAGUAUUUCCUUGAAAAAGGAGAAGAUGGAGAUUGCCAAAUUUGUUUCGAGCGCGUGAAAAAGGAGUAUGGAUGUUACGGCUGUUCGAAGGAAGGUUGCAAUUUUGUGGUUCACGUGAAAUGUGUGUUGGAGGAUGAUUCCUUGUACACCAUAAUUGAUCAAGAAAAUGGAGAUAGGGAUGAUGCUACGGAUUCUUCUUCCAGCAUCCGUGUUAUCAAGGUGAAUGAGCUUGGCGAAGCUACCGAGGUACGUCAUUUCAACCAUGAGCACGAUUUGGUGUUAGGAGACAAGAUCAAAGGGGACGAGGAUAGAGCUUGCGACGGAUGCAUGUUGCCUAUCUCGACCCCGUUUUAUUACUGUUCCAGGUGCGAUUUCUUCCUUCACAAAACCUGUGCUGAGCUACCCAAAACCAAACAUCACUGGUUUCAACUACACGCCAUCACCCUUGAAGCCGGGGAUUGGGAAGUGUGUAGAUUGUGUUAUCGCUGGUGCAGUGGUUUGUUUUAUAGUAAUAUCAGAGGCCAUAUGUUUUGCCUAAGGUGUGCCGCAGUUCCUUAUACCAUCAAGAAUGAAGGGCACCAACACGUGCUCUUUUUUGAUCGAAAAUGCAAAGGGAAAUGCAACGGUUGUGGUCACAAUCAUAGGUAUUUUGGUGCAUUCAGAUGUAAGGAGUGCAGUUUUAGUUUGGACUUUGCAUGCAUCACAUUACCGCUUGAAGUUGGACACAAAUGUGAUCGCCACUUACUGAAAUUGAGUAAUGAAGAUGGGGAAGAUGAUCCAGAACAGUUUCGUUGUGAUGUUUGUGAAAAGAAGAGAGAUGCAUACCGUUUGUAUUAUUCUUGUUCAACUUGCGAUAAUUCUGUUCAUUCCAGAUGUGCUCUCGGAGGAUAUCCGUUUCUCAAAGACGGUGCCGCUUUUAACCGGAAUUAUCACUUCCACCAUCACAAAGAUUUCAAUUAUGUACGUAAGGUUGUGGACGGUUAUCCUUAUUGCUCGCGAUGUGGUAAGCCUUGCCAAGAUGAAGUUGUCAAGUGUACCGAAUGUGAUUAUAUCAUUCACUUCGAUUCUCGAGCUGGAGAACGCUGCCCAUGGGGUUAUGAAGGAAUUCUCGGCCACAUAUACACUUAA